GCUGUUGUGUGUCCCAAAAGAAGUAGAAAAUGUCUGCUCAGCCUGCAGAGUAGACAAGAAAGAGACAUCGAAGCAAUAGUAAAUGGAAGGACGAGAGAAAAGGCUGUCCGAAACCCCUGACCAUUUCCUCAAUUGAGACCUCUUCCUUCACAAUGCUUGCAGGAAAGGGACAGUGGAGAGGGAGGGAGUAGAUAGAGAUAUAUACCAUACAACAAAUCGAGACAAAAUCGAGCGAUGGAGUCGCGAGGAGGCGUUAUCCCCGACUCCUAUUCCUUCUUCUCCUUCUCGUCUUCCUGCUUGCUUCUGUAGUAGCUCUUUAGUUCGGCGAAGAAGAAAGGGAACAAACCAUGGCUGUUUUGUCACUUUUCGACUCGCUCUACUGCCAAGAAGACAGCUUGGAGCUGGAAGAAGAGCGAACGGGACCGGUGCCGCCGGUUUUGGAUGAGCUGGCGGCGGUGGCGGAAGAGGAGUGGGCUAACGUACUAUGCUUCUUGGCGGCCAAGGAAGAGGAGACCCGCCCCGAGCUGCCGGUUGACUGUGGCGGGGAAGACACGUACCUGCUGUCGGCAAGGAGAGAGGCAGUGGAGUGGGUGGCCCGCACCGCCGCGCGCCGCGCAUUCUCCGUCCUCACUGCGAUGCUCGCCGUAAACUACUUGGACCGGUGCUUCCUCCCCUCUGCCGCCGCCGGGGGGCUCCGUCUCCAAAAGGACAAGCCGUGGAUGGGGCGGCUGGCGGCAGUGGCCUGCCUGUCCUUGGCGGCGAAGGUGGAAGAGACCAGUGUCCCCCUGCUUCUUGACCUGCAGGCGGCUGCGACGCCAGAGCCGGAAGAGAAUAAGUACGUGUUCGAGGCCAAGACUAUCCGGCGGAUGGAGCUCCUGGUCCUCUCCACGCUCAGCUGGCGGAUGAAUCCCGUCACUCCACUCUCUUUCGUCCACCACCUUCUUCUUCGACUCUAUCCCAAAUAUAAGAACGCCAUUUCCACCACGACCGCCGCCCGUAUCCGGGAGCUGGUCGGCGGAUGCGAAACCAUUCUCCUCUCCGUCAUAGCUGACUGGAGAUGGGUCCGGUAUCCUGCAUCCGCGUGGGCCGCUGCGGCGCUGCUCCACGCGGCUGACGGCGGUGGAGGCGCUGCCGCCGCUUCUUCCGACUUCUACGAGACACACCACCUCGUUGCCUUCCUCGACGUUCCAAAGGAAAAGGUGGAGGAGUGUUAUCAGCUCAUCAUGGAAUCGAUGGUUCACGACGGUGGCAUCACUGGCCACAAGCGAAAGCAUUGGACUUCGUCCUUGUCCCACUGCCACACUUGGCCAGGUAGUCCUGACGGGGUGGUCGGUUCCUGCUUCAGUUGCGAGAGCUCGUCGAGCGGUGGCGAUUCCUGGACAAUCUGCCCAUCCUCGGUGUCAUCUUCGCCGGAGAUUCGUCCUUCCAAGAGGCCAAAUAGCACUGCCAACAAAACCAUUGGAGACGAAGGAAUCGUGGAGGAGGGUGUCCUCUUCGCUUUUGUUCCGAUGUGACAAGCAUGAACUGGUUACUGUGUCGGAAGACGGAGCUAUUCUAAACGACUCCGGUGGCCGUGGGGCAGAAGAACGCUAGAGAGGAGGAAACAUAGAUUGGAUGCCUUUGUUCAUUCAUCUGUUGUCUCUAUCCUUUGGGUUAAGAAACUGCUACAUUCUCCCAGCCGUUCAUCGUAGUUGUUUUCCUAUCACUUGUCGUCGAUGCAUGUUUACUCCUCAUCCCCUGAAACCUAUUUAUAUUUUGAGAA